GUCAUCCGCGCUUCUUCAACCAGCUGUUUUCCGGCUUGGAUCAUCACGCCUUGGUGGGACGCAUGAUCACGGAGACCCUCAACACCAGCCAGUACACGUACGAGAUCGCGCCCGUGUUCGUGCUCAUGGAAGAGGUUGUCCUGGCCAAACUGCGGGAGCUGCUCGGCUGGAGCGGCGGCGACGGCAUCUUCGCUCCGGGUGGCUCCGUAUCCAACAUGUAUGCCAUGAACGUGGCCCGAUUCCGACGCUUCCCGGAGAGCAAGCGGAAAGGGAGCUGGGCCCUGCCGCGCCUGGCGCUCUUCACAUCCCGGGAGAGCCACUACUCCAUCCAGAAAGGAGCCGCGUUCCUGGGCAUCGGCACCGACAACGUCCGCCUGGUCGGCACCGACGGGAGGGGGAAAAUGCUCCCGGAGGAGCUGGAGAAGGAGAUCGAGCGGGCCAAGGCCGAGGCCGCCUGGGGCGGCAGCGCGUUGCUCUCCAGGAAGCACCGGCACCUCCUGGACGGCAUCGACAGGGCGGAUUCGGUGGCCUGGAACCCCCACAAGCUGCUCGCGGCCGGCUUGCAAUGCUCGGCCUUCCUGCUCCGCGACGGCUCCGGGCUGCUCCAGCGGUGUCACGGCGCCGGCGCCACGUACCUGUUCCAGCCCGACAAGUUCUACGACGUGUCCUACGACACGGGGGACAAGAGCAUCCAGUGCGGCCGCAGGGUGGAUUGCCUCAAAUUGUGGAUCCUAUGGAAAGCCGUGGGAACGGAAGGGCUGGAACAACGCGUGGAUCGGGCAUUCGAGUGCACCCGGUACCUGGCCGAGGAGCUGAAGAGGAGGGAAGGAUUCCAGCUGGUGCUGGAG